CGAACUCUUACUUGGACCGAAGACCGCAUCGAUGAGUCUGAGUCGUCGUCUUCUUCAUCUUCUUCUUCUUGCUCGUGAUCUUCAUUCACAUUCACGCAGAGUCCUAACCAAACCCCAAAAUCUCAAAACCUCAUCUUUCAUACUAGUCGAGGUUCUUUGCGGAGAAUACGAUCGAAAUAAUCCAUGGCUGCAAACAUUUACAGGCUGGACCCGAAGUCCGCCGCCGAGAAGGCGAUUUCGGCGAUCGGGUUCGGGUAUGAUAUAUGUAAGGAUCUCCGUUUGUUGUCUUGCAAGCCUGGUCCGUCCGGCUCUAGGCUGAUCGAGCUGGACCAGACCGGAACUCGUGACCUGGUUUUCCCUGGCGGAGUCAUGGUAAAAAAUGUAUCCAGUUCGAUCAAGUGCGAUAAAGGCGAGCGCACUAGGUUUCGCUCUGACGUUCUAUCUUUUCACCAGAUGUCAGAGAAGUUCAAUCAGGAAGUGUCUUUAUCUGGUAAAAUUCCUUCUGGUCUAUUUAAUACCAUGUUCGACUUCAAAGGCUGUUGGCAGAAGGACGCAGUUAGUGUGAAAAGUCUUGCUUUUGAUGGAUGGUGCAUCAGUCUAUAUAAUGUCGAAUUGGCAAGGUCACAGAUAAUGCUGUCUGAGCAAGUGAAACGAGACGUGCCAUCUUCCUGGGACCCUGCUGCUCUUGCUGAGUUUAUUGAAAAAUAUGGUACUCAUGUUGUUGUUGGGGUAAAGAUGGGAGGUAAAGAUAUAGUUCACAUAAAGCAGUUACAAAAUUCAAACCUUCAGCCCACUGAUAUACAAACAAUGUUAAAGAAAUUUGCUGAUGAUAGAUUUUCUGAAGAUAUAGAUGAAAGUCUCCCUUUGAGCCGUGAGGAAGUGAAGGAAGAGCAUUCUAUGCCCUGGGAUUAUGGAGCAUUUGCUAACUCGGUUAGGUCAUCUGUCAUCACCCAUUCAAAGGCUGAGGAAAUUGUGAGAAUUUGCAUCCGGAGAGGAGGAAUUGAUAGAGGUCAAAGCCAUAAGCAGUGGCUCUCAACUAUCUCGCAAUCACCUAAUGUUAUAUCAAUGUCUUUUGUGCCUAUAACUUCACUCUUGGCUGGCAUCCAAGGCAGUGGAUUUCUAACCCAUGCAGUAAACUUGUAUAUUAGAUAUAAACCACCAAUAGAGGAACUGCAUCAAUUUCUAGAAUUUCAGUUACCUCGGCAAUGGGCUCCAGUUUAUGGUGAUCUUCCUCUUGGCCUUAGGCACAGAAAACAAGUGUCUCCCUCCCUCCAGUUUUCUUUUAUGGGUCCAAAGCUAUAUGUCAAUACCACACUGGUUGACUCUGAAAAUCGACCAGUGACUGGAGUCCGUUUAUACUUGGAAGGCAAGAAGAGUGACCAUCUGGCAAUCCAUCUUCAACAUCUGUCCAGUCUUCCUCAGAGUCUCCAGCUCUCGGAUGAUCACAGCUAUGAGCCAAUUGAUGAGCCUGCUGAACGAGGCUUCUAUGAACCUGUGAAGUGGAGCAUAUUCUCUCAUGUGUGUACCGCCCCUGUAGAGUAUACUGGAGCCUGUAUUGAUGAUCCUGCUUCUAUCGUGACAAAGGCCUGGUUAGAGGUGAAGGGUGUUGGGAUGAGAAAAGUUUUGUUCCUGAGGCUCGGGUUCUCAACCGUGGCAUCUGCCAAGAUUCGUAAAUCAGAAUGGGAUGGCCCUUCAACAUCGUCAAGAAAGUCAGGUGUGUUCUCAGCAUUGAGUACGAAGUUCAGUACUGGUUUGAUUCUGCCACCUUCAGAGAAGCAGGAAAAAGUAGAUAUAAAUUCUGCAAUUUAUCCAGGAGGUCCACCACCAAAGGCACCAAAAAUGUCAACCUUUGUGGAGACAAAGGAAAAAGCUAGGGGUCCCGAAGACUCUCCCGGGUACUGGGUGGUUACCGGAGCCAAGCUCUGUGUAGAGGGUGGCAAAAUCUCGAUCAGAGGCAAGUAUUCAUUGUUAACUAUGAUGUCAGAGGAUUCCAUGAUGUUGAUAUAAGAAAAAUCUCUUAGGGAACAGAUAUAUUGAUUGAUAAUGAGUUGUAAAUGCGUUCGUGUAUAUUACUUAUACCUUCAAUUGAUGUUAUUUGUUUAGAAGCAGCCUGGUGUGGCAACUCAUUAUUUUCUA